AUGAAGACACCAAAACCACUAACGCUAGGUUGUUUUUUGUCUGUACCUAGUGUACAGGAAUUUGCCAAACAACCGCUUGCAGAAGUCCCAGCUCGAUACAUACGCACUGAUCAGGACUCAUUGAGCACUAACCUCUCUAGUGUAUCUUUGAUCGAUCAAACAGUACCUGUUAUUGAUUUGCAAAAAUUAGUGUCACCAGAGACCAACAUUGGAGACUUGGAAUUGGAGAGGCUUCACUCUGCUUGCAAAGACUGGGGUUUCUUUCAGGUGGUAAAUCAUGGAGUUGACAUUUUAUUGGUGGAGAAAGUGAAGUCAGAAAUUCAAGGUUUCUUCAAUCUCCCAAUGGAUGAGAAAAAGAAAUUUUGGCAGGAGGAAGGAGAUUUCGAAGGAUUUGGACAAGCCUUUGUUCAUUCAGAAGACCAAAAGCUUGAUUGGGGAGAUAUGUUUUUCAUUCGCACUCUACCCCAACAUAUGAGAAAGCUUUGGCUGUUUCCCAAUCUCCCUAUACCUCUGAGGGAGACAAUUGAAUCAUACUCAUUGGAGUUGAGUAAACUUAGCUUGACUCUCAUUAAGUCUAUGGAGAAGGCUCUGCAAAUAAAUACUAACGUCAUGGCAGAGUGGUUUGAAGAAGUGAAACAAUCAAUGAGGAUGAAUUAUUAUCCUCCUUGUCCUCAAUCCGAGCACGUUAUCCGCUUAACAACACACUCGGAUCCUGGCGGUUCAACAAUCGUUCUUCAACUGAACGAAGUGGAUGGAUUGCAAAUUAAAAAGGAAGAAACAUGGGUUCCCAUUAAACCUCUACCUAAUGCAUUUGUAGUGAACAUUGGAGACAUCUUAGAGAUAAUGACUAAUGGGAUUUAUCGUAGCGUGGAGCACCGAGCAACAAUAAAAUCAUCAAAGGAGAGGCUCUCAGUUGCAACAUUUCAUAUCCCGAAACAAACAGAGAUAGGUCCGAUACAUGGCUUGAUCACAACAGAGAAACCUGUUUUGUUCAAAACAGUUGGGUAUCAGGAUUAUGUGAAGGAAUUCCUUUCUCGUAAACUCGACGGAAAAUCAUUCCUAGACUCCAUGAGGGUAGGAGAAGAUCAUGAAGACAAUAACACCUCAUGAUUCUUGCGACAGAUAUACGUACCUUAAGUGAAAUAAGUUUCGUUACAGAACUGAAGGGUCAGUGUUUGGAUGAUCUAGUUUUAGUGUGUUGUUGGAAACAAGAACUUUACGAAUAAGGCUCUUCAAGCCUAGGUCUGUAUGUUUGUUCCUUUGUUUAUUUUGGGAGUUUUAUAAUAUUUGCAACUGUGAAGAUUUUUACUUUAUCAGUCAUGUACUAUGUGCCUCCUCGGCACCUUAUGAAGCUAUUUUCACCAUUUCCAGAAAAAAAAAAAGAAAAAAAAAAGAGAGAAGUUUAGAAGAUUAGGAAUACUGUCAUUGGAAGUAUGAGAAAUCAUUGACAGAAGAUUUCUUUUCUUUUGAAAAUGUUACA